AGAAGAAGAUCGAAGAACUCCUUAAGGAACGAGAUGAUCUAAUUUCUGGAAGAGAGAGUCUUAUACAAGAUUUGGAAAGUUCUCAGAAGAAUUCAAACGAACUUCAUUCUGAAUUGGAUAAGGAGAGGGAAGUAGUUCGAGAAAUGAAGGAGAAGUUGGCAGCGACAGAAAAAAAGAUCGAAGAAUUCCUUAAGGAACGAGAUGAUUUAAUUUCUGGAAGAGAGAGUCUUACACAAGAUUUGGAAAAUGCUCAAAAGAAUUCAAAUGAACUUCAUUCUGAAUUGGACAAUGAGAGGGAAAUAGCUCGAGAAACGAAGGAAAAAUUGGCAGCUACAGAACAAAAGAUCGAAGAACUUACUAAGGAACGAGAUGAUUUAAUUUCUGGAAGUGAGAGUCUUAUACAAGAUUUGGAAAGUGCUCAAAAGAAUUCAAAUGAACUUCAUUCUGAAUUGGACAAUGAGAGGGAAAUAGCUCGAGAAACGAAGGAAAAAUUGGCAGCUACAGAACAAAAGAUCGAAGAACUUACUAAGGAACGAGAUGAUUUAAUUUCUGGAAGAGAGAGUCUUAUACAAGAUUUGGAAAGUGCUCAUAAGAAUUCAAAUGAACUUCAUUCUGAAUUGGACAAUGAGAGGGAAGUAGUUCGAGAAAUGAAGGAGAAAUUUGCAGCGACAGAAAAAAAGAUCGAAGAACUCAUUAAGGAACGAGAUGAUCUAAUUUCUGGAAGAGAGAGUCUUAUACAAGAUUUGGAAAGUGCUCAAAAGAAGUCAAAUGAACUUCAUUCUGAAUUGGACAAUGAGAGGGAAAUAGCUCGAGAAACGAAGGAAAAAUUGGCAGCGACAGAAAAAAACUAUACAGUACUCGAAUCAGAUAACGCACUACUUCAUUCUGCCAAAACCCAAGCUCUCGAAAAAUUGUCAGAUGUAGAAUCAAGAUUGAAAUCUACAACACAACGAGAACGUGAUCUUCAAGAGUCAUUAAACGAGGCUAGAGCGACAAUUCAAAAAUAUGAUUCUGAAGUUGAGAACCUAAAAAAGCAACAACUCGAAGAAAAUGACAAACUCAAUAAAACACUUGCCGUGCUAAAAAAGACCCAAUCAAGAAUUCAUGCUCUAGAUAAGGAAAAAAAAGAUAUGAGUGAGGAGAUAGAGCGUCUCCAGGAGUCACUUCGAGUUUCUGAACAAAACGCAACCGACAAAUUGAAAAAAUUGACGACAGAAAAGGAAGGAUUGUUUGAUCAAUUACAACUGAAACAAGCAGAAUUCGACUCUUCACAAUCAUUGCUCGAAACAUUACAACAUGGUUCCAAGGAGAGGGAGCGUCAGUUAAAAGAAACUGAAGAGCGUUCUCAAGCAUUGGAAGAAGAAGUAACAUCAUUAAAGAAACAUCUUAAGGAAAUGAAGCGAGAGAAAGAAACUUUGAAAACAAAAGUGGAAGAUUUAAAUGGAAUCACAGAGAAGUUUGAAAUUGUGACCAAGCAGUCUGAAAAUUAUAAACAAGAAAAAGAAAAAGUAGAGUUAGAAUUAACCGAAAUUAAACGUACUUCCGAUGUUCAAAUACAAGAUAUAGUUAAACAAUUGACAGAAAAAGAGCAAGAAAAAAGCAAGCUAAUGAUAGAAUAUCAAGAAAAAGAUGAGCUUUUGAAAUUAGCACAAGAUGAGAACGAUUCUCUGAAAAAGCAGAUACGAGAAUUAGACGAAAAUGUGCGCGUACUUACCACAAAAAUGGCUAAUGUUGACGAGAACUCUGUCAAAUAUCGGGAGUUAGAAUAUAACCUUCAACGAAAUAAAGAAGAGUAUGAAAAACUACUCGAGGAAGCCCGUAUGCGAGAAGGUCAACUAAGAAACAAUAAUAGGUCACUCAAAGAAGAAGUUCGAAAACUUCAGAAAUCAUCAGAUCGUGGUGUACCAACGUCUCCUUUACAACCACCAUCUCCUACAUCGAUAAGAAAUUCAGCGCCAUCUAAUCCUUCUACAACCAUUAAUACAGGAUUAGAUGAUGAUGUUAAGAUUGAUUAUCUGCGAGACGUUAUACUUAAAUUCCUGGAACAUAAAGAGCAGCGGAAAGCAUUGCUGCCGGUGUUAACAACGUUACUUAGGAUACCGCUUGAAGAAAAAAAAAGAUUAGAAUUAAAGUAUGGUAAAUGGUAA